CAUGUCUGGUGCUUCGCCGUGGGGAUGAAAUGUUUGGGUAAGAGACUAUGACUAAUUUUCCUUCUGGUAUUUUUAAAUCAGGAUUACAUAGGGCUGAUGUACUUCUAAAUAGAAUCAAUGUGGCUUUUAGGGUCUAACCUUGAGUGUAAGAUUUGAGUCAUCUCGACACGAUUGUCACGGACUACAUAUGACCUAUGGCAUGCGGGAAAUAAUGGCUUUGUCUGUACCAAUCGAAGUUGUAUACAAUGCGUUUUAUUUCUCAUUCUACGCUGGUUACGCGCCGUUUAUAAUGUUCCGACCUGUCUAUUUCAAGUAUAUUGGACUGAGCCCAGUGUUCGUCGGGUUGUUGUGUGGUUUGCGUUUUAUACUGCAGUCUACGGGAACGCCAUUAUUGAUCCUAUUUGCAGAAAGACUUCGCUCGCGCAAACUAAUGUUUGUGAUAUCAUAUAUAGUUCUCAUGGCUAAAAUGUUGAUAAUACUCAUAGUUUUACGUCCACAUCAUCAGAUGUGUGUAAUCAAACAUAUUGGUGACCAGACGACGCAACAAUCUUUUGAGAUUCAUCACGUGCUUUUCAAACGCGACUUGACAGAAAACUGGAAUGAAACAGCCGAAGAUGCGGAAAUAUUAUGGGGAGUGUCAAUCGUUGAAAAUAAAACAUUAUUCAGCACGACCGACCGCCCAGUUACUACCACGUUUCAAGAAACUAGAAAUACAACUCUGACUUCAGUACCACCCUCAGAAAAUCCUUACAAGAUUAAUUCCAAUAUUAGUUCCAAAAAAUCUGAGAAAUCUGGGAGCAUUUUACAAAUUACACCAAAGCCAGGCAUUACAGAACAUAUUAUCUAUAACAAUAAAGCAGAAUUGCUUCGCAUCUUCACAUGUUUAUUAGUUCUAGUUUUAUUAAGUGAUGCAUUUGAUUCUACCAUGUUUACAUUGGUUGAGGAGUCAUGUUCUGCUAGUAUAGGUGCUGAGCAUUAUGGACAGGCUCAAACCUGUGGUACUGUAGGCUGGGGUAUAAUCGUACCUAACAUUGGUAUCGUCAUAUAUUAUUUUAACCAAGAGUUCUGCGGGAUGUACAUUGGAUCGUUCCAUUAUGUAUUUUAUUUUGCAUUUGGAUUUCUCACAGUUGCUUUCUUGUGUGGUCUGUGCCUGGAUUUUCCCGCCGGUACAAAGGACGUCAUUGCCAGAAAAGUACAGAGUCCGUCAUCCAAUUUUCAGUACAGCAUGUUCACUUUUGUAUCUGCUUAUUCCGGAUUUUGUGAUGGAUUUCUAUUGACGUUUACGUACUGGUUUAUUGAUAGUCUUGGGGGAAGCGCUAUGGUCAUGGGUCUUACCACAGGAUGCAGAGCGGUGGUUAACAUCGUGAUAGGUGUGGUCUUAACAAGGAUGAUUGAAUACAUUGGACAUCAGCUUAUAGUACAUAUUGGUUUAGUCUGUCAUAUUAUUGUAUUUGUGAUUUAUUUUUUAAUCAAGUUACCAUUACUUGUCUUGGUAGCAGAAGUUUUUAAUGCAACAAUUCAUAUCGCGACAACGCGUACUUGCAGCUCAUUUCUCUCUACGAAGGCACCAACAGGAUCCAGUCCUAAAAUGCAAGGUAAGGGUUUAUCUGGAUAAUUUAUCAAUUUUAUGCUUUGUUCACAGCUGGUUACUCAUUGCAAUUACAUUGAACUCGUGUUAAAUAUUGCAAAAUAUUAUAUUAUUAUUCAUGGCAUGACUAGAAAAUUAAUUUAUCGAUCUUUUAUGUUGAGAAAAAUAUAGAAGGGUAUCGGUGUCACAAAAUUCGUUCACUUUUGCAAUAAUCCUUCAAAGUUAUUUAUCGCCCCACCUCCCUAAAAUAAAAAUCAUCCAUAUUUUGGAAAAUCAUCCCCCCAAUUGGAUUUGAGAAAAUCCUGAAAAUAUCGAAAAUCAUAUAUAAGAAACACGUGGUACAAAAUGAUAUUUAGAAUCCUUCAGUAGACUACGAGCGGUCCCUCCUUUCCAUGGGUUUAUCUUCCCAGGGGAAAAGAGGGACUGCCGACAACACAUCAAGAAAUGAAAUACGCCCACUUUUCGCUCUUGUCAAGUUGGCUCCGCCUUUGCAUAAACAUUACUUUAUAUAUCCAAUUAAAUCUAUUCAAUAGGAAAUGUCAUUUUCAUCUUAUAAAAUCAACAUUCAGUCUGGAAAUUAUUUAUAGCACAGGGCAGACCUUUAUCAUUUAAUCCAUGACAAACUGCGAAGAAUGAAGAUAUUACCCAUACUUUCCUGCAACUUAUCCAAUAAAGUAGUUAAUUAAAUACGCCUUCGCCCAUUUAGUACUACUGAAUUGUAAAUUUCUGUUGAAAAACGCUGUUUUCUGUCCAUCAGAAUUCUGUCAAAUCUUCCUCAAAGUCCAGGAAAUGGCAUUUCAGAGACUCUAAAAUUAAAAAUUUUCUUGGGCCUUCGGCUCUCACUUUCAGUCCCAACAAUCGAAAAGAGCUUCCUACGGCCCUGUAGCAUAAUUACUACAUAUCAGAUUUGAUUGACAGGCACAUCGAUUUCGACCAAUGGAAAUUUUGCGUUGUGUGGACAACACGUAUUUCGUUUGUUGAUGUGUUUUCGGCAGUCCCUCCUUUCUCCCGAGGGACUGCUCGCGGUCUAGGUCUUCAGAAUCACAAGAUAUGAUUAUAUUUCGAACCUGGACAAGUUACCUGAUAUAUUUGACGCUGGACCUAAUUUUAGUGUCCACUCAGUGGACUAAAUCUAAUUUGUGCUUGUGCAGUGAUAAGUUAAAGUGAAAGUGUGCUGUGAUAAACAGUAAAGAAUGUGCAGUGGUAACAUUUGUUGUGAUAAAUUUGAACCCACUAUUUUGGCCUUAUUGCGUAUAUUUCAUAAUGAAAAUGAAAUAUGAGUGUUUUUCAGGGAACUGUGUGCGAUAAAGCAAUCUAAUUCACCCUUUCUAUAAUUCACUUGUAUGGACUAUUUUUAUUUUUCUGUGAAAAAAACCCUGAUUCGGUUGGAAAAUUCUUGUUAUGGAUUGCGUUUAGUGGACAGCCGUGGUUGUACUUUCAGUCAAUCUAUUAAAUGGCCUAAUAAAAUAUUCCUGAGGGUACUUGUAAUCUCCGCACUGGAAGAGCCCCUAUUGCCUAUGGAACGUGCAGUGAUGAAAAUUGCAUUAUACGAACUAUUUAAAAUUGUAUUAAAAUAUCAAUUUCGACCUUGUAUAGCAAUCCUUCAAGGAAUAUACUGGGGCCUUGGUGCAGGUUGUGGUGCAAUACUUGGUGGAUAUUAUCUCGAAUAUUCUGGUUUUACCAAAUCAUUCAUUGGAUUUGCAAUUAUCACAAGUAUAGUGUGUAUCGUUUUCUUAUUCCUCCAGAUCAUAUUAUAUCUAAUUAAUCCUGAAGUAACCCUGGAUGAUAUUUGGACAGUGUGGUCAACAACCUCUAGUAAUUAUGAAAGUGAAUACGAAGGUUCUGCUGAGGAGUCUGACGAUUAUUGAUGGAUAGUACAUAGAUAUAUAGAAGGUGGAAGAUGUUUCCAGUAUAGAUAGUAUAUUGAUAUAUAAGGAGGGUAUAUUUUACCGUGUCAACAAACUGUUGAUGUUUUCUAAAACUAAAUCCUAUCAUUCCGAUUAGCUUCACCCAGGGAAACAGGAAAAAGCUCCAAUCAUGGCCAAAAGUUUGUGGAACGCAAGCUAAUUAAUAGAUAUAAAGGCGCGCGAGUUAUAAUAUUUUCACAGAUCUCGCGAAAAAGAAACUUCCCCGGCCCCCUUUUCCAAUAUUGAUAUCCUAGUGCCAAUAAAGAGAUUGUGUGAAGCUUAUACCAAGCAGAAAACAUCCCAAACAACACUGACUGUGGCCAGGGGGGGGGGGGUAUUAUUCAAAUUAAGGGUAAAAACAUGAAAUCGCACUUUACGUUCCACAACAUUUGGCGUGUGGCGAGGGCAGCUCCUCAGCUCCACUGGAAAGAAGAUAUAAAUGUAGAAAAUGAAAAACUAAAGACUAUCGCCUGUAUUCUAAAACCUACCUCACACUCAAUCUCUCCGCAAUAAGUGUAACUCAACAUUCAAUGAGUUUCCACUCAUCCUCACUAAGUAUGAGACUGCACUAACCCUCCCACCAUUCAAUGGAGUGAUAUUUUAGAAUACACGUAUGUAUAGUAUAUACAGUGAUGUAUAAUGUUUUAUGACUAAAGAUGUGCCAGAUGGCUAUUUUUGCAUUAUUUUUCAACCACUAGAAUUGCACUUGCUGUUUUUGGAUAUGAUUGUUUUAUAAAUGUCGCUCCAAAUAUGCAAUGCAUGCUUUAUAAAACACCUUAUCCAUGGCUUCCAUGCAUGUAUGCAUGAGUGGCAAUGUUCCACUUCCCCUUUUUUCUGCACCGAUUUAACCCUUCCCAUUUAUACUAUCUACUGUAGUGAGGCAUAUGCUACGAUGGUUGAGAAGGGCCAUGACUGUAAACAUUCGCCUUUUUUUACCAUUAGACUCGUUUUUUUUUCUUCAAAGUUACACUCGCCGUUUUUUUCUUCAGAAUUACCCGCGAUGUUUUUUCAAUGCAAUAAUUACACGCGACGUUUUUUCCAAAAAUUACACUCGCCGUUUUUUUAGAGUUGCGUUUUAAACUGAGGGUUUCAAUUCGGAUGAAGAUGGGAGCAAUCAUAAGGUUAGUGUGUUUCCGAGUCAUCGAAACAAAAAUCCUGUAAAUAGGCCUACAGUACAAAAUUUCACUUUUUAGUCGGUUAUGAAUAUAAUGCAUUGCCAUUGACCAAUUUGGCAUUGGCAUUGUUUUCUUUUGUGUUUUCCAAACAAAACAAAAGCUUUGUGUGUUUUGCCAGGGUCAUAUUAUUUUACUUGUUGCACUUCUUCAUAUAAAUAUAUGUGUCUUGCCAUCGUAUAUAUACGCCUGCAGUGAUGCAACAAAAUCAACAAGAAAUGGUAGGUGUGUCACAACAACAUGUGGCACAGCGAUAUAGCAUGCAACGCUGAAAUACGCAAAGCAUUUUUUUAGUUUGGAAAACACGAAAGGAAACCAUGCAUUAUAUUCAUAACCGACUGAAAAGUGAAAUUUUGUACUGUAUUUAAAGGAUUUUUUGUUUUGAUGAAAAACACUAACCUUAUGAUUGCUCCCAUCUUCAUCCGAAGUGAAGCCCUCAGUUUAACAACGUAACUCUUAAAAAUAUGGCGAGUGUAAUUUUUGCAUUGAAAAAACGUCGCGUAUGUAAUUAAUUAUUGCAUUAAAAAAACGUCACGUGUAACUUUGAAGAAGAAAAAAACGAGUUUUAAAAUAUUUUUAUACAAUGUUUCACGACUUUCGCCUAUAUAUACGUGUUUUUAUAACAGAUUCCUUUUCAAGGCACCAAAUAUAAAAAAGAAGUUCUUCAUAUAGCAACGUGCAAUGCUUGUAUUUUUGUAAUAAUGGGCUAUGUAUUCUUCGCGUGUAAAUUAGUUGGGUCGUGACAGCGGCUUUCUUAAUUAUAGUUCAAGCCAACCUGACGAUUCUCUAUUUUCCACUAGGGGAAUUUGUUCGCUCGAAGCGAAACGAAAACCAAAUCUUGGCAAUGCGAUUGGUUAGCGCAAAAAUUCGCCGCGAAAAAGUUGGAUCAGUUCCUACUUUUUUACUGUUCGCACGAACAAAUUCGCCAAAUGAAAAAUGGGCUUUAUGCUUGACUUUAAUGUAGAUAUAGUUAGCAGAAUUUUAUUGAAUUUCUAGUGUAGCUAGUAUAACUUUUGUUAUUGUUAUUGUUAUUGUUAUUGUUAUUGUUAUUGUUAUUGUUAUUGUUAUUGUUAUUGUUAUUGUUAUUAGUCUAGGGAACCAUAACAGUAUAAUUCUAUGUGUUAUAUGAUUUGGGUAAAUUUGGU